CAACAUUAGCAACCAUCGCUCAUCAUGACUAUUUCUUGGUUUAACAUUUAUAGCUCGCUCUCUGAACGUUCUCGAACUUCUAUCUCUGUACGGUAUAAAGCGCCGCUCUUCGAUCGAUGAGGACUUUCACAUCCAUCUUUUUCGCUGUCGUCGCAAUAGUACUCGCUGUCUACAACAACGAAUACAUGUUGAGUUGCUUUACACAGCUAUCAAAGCGCUUUACACCAACCACGACUACAAUCUUCAAUUCUACAGCAGAAAUGUCGACAAACGGGAUGUUCCGCGGCCUGCCUGUCAUCCCCGCAGAGCCCUUGACGACAUCCGCCCCCCGCAAGAUCGCCAAGUCGUUCCUCGCAAUCGAACAGUCCGAAGGCGCGGGCGCCAAAGUGCGCAGAUCAGUUGGUACGCCCAAGCUGCGCAACUUCAGCCCCUUCCUGAUGCUGGAUCACUUCGCUAUUCCACCCGGCGCGGGCUUCCCCGACCAUCCCCACCGUGGCCAGGAGACCAUCACAUACCUCCUCUCCGGCGCCGUCGACCACGAAGAUUUCGCCGGUAAUGCGGGCACGAUUGAAGCGGGGGAUUUACAAUUCAUGACUGCCGGACGCGGUAUUGUACACGCCGAGAUGCCGCGCCAGAAUAAGGAUGGCUCGCCAAACGUGGGCAUGCAGCUCUGGGUCGAUCUGCCCAAGGAGCUCAAGUCGUGUGAGCCACGCUACCGAGACCUGCGCGCCAAGGAGAUACCAGAGGUCACAGCUGAGGAGGGCAAGGUCCAUGUCAAGAUCAUCAGCGGAAAAGCUUAUGAGACCGAAAGUUUGAAGGAGCUUGCAUACACACCAGUGUGGCUGCUUGACUUUACUAUCCAACCUGGCGGCAAGGUCAAGCAGUCGCUACCCAAGGGCUGGAAUGCUUUCGCUUACCUGCUCAACGGGACUACCAUAUUCUCAUCCGACGGCGUGUCUCGACCCGUCGAACAAUACCACGCCGUCGUAUUCGAUGCGGAGGGCGACAGCAUUGAGGCGUCUGUCGAAGAGGGUGCCGGAAAGGAGGCACGAUUCAUACUAGUUGCCGGUAUGCCUCUAGAUCAGCCUAUCGUACAGUACGGUCCAUUCGUUGUGACGAGCAGAGACGAGGUCAUGCAAGCCAUGAAGGAUUACCAGACACACUCGAACGGCUUCGAGAGAGCAAACAACUGGGAAAGUGAGAUUGGGAAGAGCAUGGUACAUUGAGGAAUGCUAGAGUAUGUAAUCCCUUCUUUUCUGUGUAUAUGUAGUUUCAUAAGUUUUACGAUUGUAUGAAACUUUUCGAGCGCUUGGCCAAGAAGUCGAGUUUCUCACGGCGUUCCUCCUCGCACAUUCCUCUUGCUUCACUAGCUAUCUAUGUUUGUGAUCCACGUCGUGACUACUGCGGAUGAGCGUCUGCACAAACUCGAUUGGGAAGAGCUGAUCCAUCGUUGCUUCUUAACACUCAUCUCGCCUGCUUGCAGUCAAGUCAUUGCUGUCCAUG